UCAUACGGCCACGUCAUUUGGUCUCUCUCCGUUAUUCUCUUUUUUGCUGACAUUCUACUCAGAAGUUUGGGGAGGAAGCGCCGAUGCCCUGAAGUUCUAACUCGUUGGCAAUAUACGUGAAAAAUAAAAACGGGUAACGUGCGUGCUCUCUGAUACUUCAACCAGGAACAAGGAAAAAUCGCCAGAAAUUCAUAAUUUGACAAAUCAUUUAGGAUGAAUAUUUUUCGGUUUGCUGGAGAUCUAUCUCAUGUUUUUGCCAUCAUAAUACUUCUGCUAAAAAUAUGGAAAACUCGAUCGUGUGCUGGGAUAUCUGGAAAAUCGCAAAUAUUGUUCGCUGUAGUUUACUUAACACGCUACCUCGAUCUCUUCACCACAUAUGUAAGCCUCUAUAACUCUGUUAUGAAGGUGCUGUUUUUGGCCACUUCUGGUGCAACGGUCUAUUUGAUGUACGUAAAGUUUAAGGCAACUUAUGAUCACAACCAUGAUUCGUUCCGCAUCGAGUUCCUUCUUAUACCUUGCGCCUUGCUUUCCUUCGUCAUUAAUCACGAAUUCACAGUAAUGGAAGUGCUUUGGACAUUUUCAAUUUAUUUGGAAUCUGUUGCCAUUUUACCACAACUUUUUUUGGUAAGCAAAACUGGAGAGGCAGAAUCUAUAACUAGCCAUUACCUCUUUGCUCUUGGAUCAUACCGCGCGCUAUAUUUGCUUAAUUGGGUUUAUCGCUACAUGGUAGAAUCGCACUAUGAUCUUAUUGCGAUCUUCGCUGGAAUUGUUCAAACCAUUCUAUACUGCGAUUUCUUCUACUUAUACAUUACCAAAGUUCUUAAAGGCAAGAAACUGCAGCUGCCAGCAUAAUUAAAAAAAUUGUUAACUUUAAUACAUCGACACAUCAAAGGCAUUAAUAAGCAGCGUAUGUAUUCCAGCAAAGACGGAUACAAAAGCAAAUAAAGAAUGGACCGUUUCACAAAGAAUUUUUAGUUUAUGAUAAUUUACAGAAGAUGUAUCGGGAGAAUUUUUUGUGUUGCAACUAUUUUAUGAAAAAGAAAAUCAAAAACUCGUGAAUAAUACAUGUAAAAAUUUAA